AUGGAGAACGUCCACUAUAGUGAAAGUAGAAGUAACGAAAUCCAUCAUCUCGGUUCCCAACCUGAAUAUUAUGAUUACACCAGUCACACGAGUCGAUCCGACGGUAAUUUCGAAUAUCAGCCAGUCCAUGGGGAUCUAGGUCAUGCCCAGGCCCAUGCCUAUUAUGAGUCGGUGCCGGCGUCGGCGCCAUCAUCAUAUUAUACCCAAGACAAGCCCGGGUCUAGCUUCCCGAAUAUUAGCAGUAAACCGAUCUCUCGAGCACCUUCGGAACAUUAUACUCAGUUCGAAUAUGCCGGCACCGGCGCCGAGGACCCUCUCUUCUUAACCCAAUCCACGUCGAAACCCCAAAUCAUAUCGACACGCGGACACAACUGGAACUUAGAGAUAGGAGCGCUGGUCAUUAGCUUCGGGGCAUUAGCAGCCUUAAUAGCGCUGUUGAUCUACGUGGACGGCCGUCCCUUAUCUGACUGGAAAGGUUCCGUCUCGGUCAACGUUAUAAUCUCCGGUUUGGGCGCUGUUUCUCGAACAUCGCUAGGAUUUGCUAUUAGUUCGUGUCUUGGACAGGCUAAAUGGAACUGGUUCAAGAGGCGACCAGACAACCUCGUCGCUUUUGAUAGGUUUGACGAGGCUAGUCGUGGGCCGUGGGGGAGCUUGUGGCUUAUAAUUUGGCUUCGAAUCCGUCAUUGGAUAGCUAUCGGUGCUUUGGUUACUAUAUUAUUAAUGGCAUUCGAACCAUUCCUACAAGCCGUUAUAUCCUUCCCAGGACAAAGUGACCCGAGCGCCGACUCUCCCAUGAUCCAACUCAGCCGCAGCGAGAACCUUGACGUAGGCUCAUACACAGGCGACCCCUCGACGGGAGUUGGAGCGCUACAACUGACGCCCUCCGAAAUAACUCUGUCCAUUGAUCCCUUUCUUUCUAUUCCGGACCUAGGAAUGUUAUCCUCUUUCAACAACGGGUUCUAUAAUUCCUCAAGACUCGAGCAGCCAACUACUUCAUUCACAUGUCCUACUGCCAAUUGCACCUGGCCCGUAUUUACCUCGUUGGCCGUUUGCAGCUCGUGCAGCAACAUAACCGACCACGUGAAGCGGUCCCAUGAAUACGGAUCAAACAAGGGGACCCUAUCCUCAAAUACUAAAAAUAUAGUUGCAAACUACACCAUAAACUCACUGCCUAGUCUCAACCUUUCCAACCCAGCCGAUAUUGACCUGGACGAAGGCAAGACUCUUUUCUCUCAAGUCGCCUUCAUGUCCGCAACAAGAAUUACGGACCCGAAGCUUACCCUCGCGUACCAAAACUUGACAACAAUGAUCACUGCAGUGGAGAUUCUGAGAGCGGCUCAAGAGUAUGAAACGGGAGAGCUGAUAUGGGAUAAGACCCCCGUUUCAGCAACGGAAUGUGCUUUAUAUUUCUGCGCCAACGCAUAUGAGUCUGUCGUCGAAAAAGGUGUCCUCACGGAGAAGAUCGUGGCCUCUUGGGCUGAGCGGGACUUUGGCUCAUAUCGCAAUAUCAGCGAUGUUAGGCAUUUCGACGACUACGAGAAGUGGAACAACUAUUCGCUCUUUUCUCAAUAUGGAGAUUUUCAGAGAAGCGAUCUGGUAUUGUUCAUACCCGACGACGAGAUCAAGAAGCACAAGCUACCCGAAGAUGUAGGGCGCCGUUUCAAUCUGACGGAAAACACCAUUGGAAGCACGGUUCGCUUCGUCAAUGACGAUCUCCUAAACCCGGUUAUGACCUGGCCCGUGGGAAUGAACACCGACGCGGUUCCCGUCGCGAAGGCUCUAUACCAAAGCCAAGACCUGUCGGCCACCUUCAACCAGGUCGCUUGGACAGUGUCCAACUGGAUGCGCGAGAUCUCCAAUGCAACAGCCCCAGGCGUUGGGGAGGAGUGGGUGAUCCAUAUCCGCGUUAAUUGGUAUUAUAUGAUCCUCCCCUUGAUCACCUUGUCCUUCGGCUUCCUCUUCUGCAUAUGGACCAUCAUAGAUACGCAUAGACUACGCCUCAAUCCUUGGAAGACGAGCCUGAUCGCUACGUUGACGCACUCCGUCGACGUCCAGACGCGGACGCAGCUCAGGGAUGCAGACAAAGAAGGGUACCUGAAGAAAUCGGUUAGAGCCAUGACCGUGAAAUUUGAAGACGUAGGAUACGGGCUGGAAUUACGGACUAAACAAGCUUGA